CUGUGGCUGAUCACUUACAAUCUGACAACACUCCCCAUCUACUCAGAGCAAGCCCUCUCUCUCCAGCCCUGCAGUCCUGCCUUAGACUCAGGCUCCCUUGCCUGGAGCUCACUCAUCCUGCCGGCAGGACCACAGUGUAAGGCUCAGACUCUUCUCACGUCGUCUAGGGGGAACCGCUCUCCUGCGGAAUCUCAGACAAUCAAAUUCCUUCCUGAGACUAUUUCACACAGAAUUUCCUUAGGAGCGGUGCUGGUGAAAUCAUACAGCUCUGAGAUGUCUUUCAAUGCUAGCUAGCAGUCUGACCACAGCCACCCGUCGUCUGGCAAACAAACAGCAUGUACAAACUCAUCUUGAAGACAGGAAACAGGUGCCCAAAGUGUGUGCCCUUGGAGGAUUUUGUGAAGUCUAGAGACAGUUUGUGCUACGAGGAGAAGAAGGUCAUGACUCUUGUAAUUAAGAACUUCUUGAAGACAAUGUCGAAUAUGAUCCAGGAGAAAAUGUGAUUUGAGUCUGGAGACAACUGUGCAUCUUGAACAUACUGUAAUAUUUGGAGUCUAAUGAUGGAGAAAAAGCAUAUACUAUAUUUUAUGUUUCUCUUCCCCUUUAAUAUGACUCUUGCCACAGCAGAGCCAGAAAAAGAAGGCAUUAACGAAACAGAACUGGGAGUCACUAGAAACAAGAUCAUGACGGCUCAAUAUGAAUGUUACCAAAAGAUUAUGCAAGAUCCUGUUCAACAGGCAGAAGGCCCUUACUGCAACAGAACCUGGGAUGGAUGGCUGUGCUGGAGUGAUGUUGCAGCAGGAACCGAAUCGAUGCAGUAUUGCCCUGAUUACUUUCAGGACUUUGAUCCUUCAGAAAAGGUUACAAAGAUCUGUGACCAAGAUGGAAACUGGUUUAGACAUCCAGAUAGUAACAGAACAUGGACAAAUUACACUCUGUGUAAUAAUAGUACACAUGAAAAAGUGAAGACUGCACUGAAUUUGUUCUACCUAACUAUAAUUGGACAUGGAUUGUCUAUUGCAUCCCUGCUCAUCUCUCUCUUCAUAUUUUUUUAUUUCAAGAGCCUAAGCUGCCAACGGAUCACCUUGCAUAAGAACCUGUUCUUUUCAUUUGUUUGUAAUUCGAUUGUGACAAUCAUUCACCUCACUGCAGUGGCCAAUAACCAGACCUUGGUGGCCACAAAUCCUGUGAGCUGUAAAGUGUCUCAGUUCAUUCAUCUUUACCUGAUGGGCUGUAACUACUUUUGGAUGCUCUGUGAAGGCAUUUACCUGCACACACUCAUCGUGGUGGCUGUGUUUGCAGAGAAGCAGCACUUGAUGUGGUAUUACUUUCUUGGCUGGGGGUUUCCACUGCUUCCUGCCUGCAUCCAUGCCAUUGCCAGAAGCUUGUAUUACAAUGACAACUGCUGGAUCAGCUCGGAUACCCAUCUCCUCUACAUUAUCCAUGGUCCAAUUUGUGCUGCUUUACUGGUAAAUCUCUUUUUCCUAUUAAAUAUUGUACGUGUUCUCAUCACCAAGUUGAAAGUUACCCACCAAGCAGAGUCCAAUCUUUACAUGAAAGCGGUGAGAGCUACCCUCAUCUUGGUACCACUUCUUGGCAUCGAGUUUGUGCUUUUCCCAUGGCGGCCUGAAGGAAGGGUUGCCGAGGAGGUGUAUGACUAUGUCAUGCACAUCCUGAUGCACUAUCAGGGCCUUUUGGUAGCUACAAUUUUCUGCUUUUUUAAUGGAGAGGUUCAAGCAAUUCUGAGAAGAAAUUGGAACCAAUAUAAAAUCCAGUUUGGAAAUGGCUUUGCUCACUCUGACGCUCUCCGCAGUGCAUCCUACACAGUGUCAACAAUCAGUGACAUCCCAGGAUACAGUCACGACUGUCCCACUGAACACUUAAACGGAAAAAGCAUCCAGGAUAUUGAAAACAUCACCUUAAAGCCAGAAAAAAUGUAUGAUCUUGUCAUGUGAAAACAGAGAGAGAGCUCGCCUGUUUUGUGCCACUUGAACUUAUGAUGUUAUAACCAGAAGAUUUAAUAGCAAAUGGCUUUCUUGAAUGCCACGAAGAAAACCCUCGAAUGAAAUGAGACUUGUGUUGAUCAAUGUUUAACAGCCCUCUCUCUAUGGAGGGAAAAGCCUCAACCGAUAAUGUUGGCCAGUAAAUAUUCCCACUGUGACUGACUUCAAGUUGCCAACCUGCUAUCACUGUGUGUGGAACUGGAAAGGAGAUGAGCACAAUCAACUCUUGGGAGCUGACCUGCUGGAACCCGCACAGCCCUGCAUGCUCUCACAGAUGGACGACGACUUUGCACGUUCAUACCCAUAUUGACCAGAGCUCUGCUAUUCUCACUGGAGGAGACCUCACUCCGUCUUACAGACAUGUAAAGAAAUUUGGUUUUUGUUUGUUAUAGAGCUCUCUGUCCUAUUGUCACUUGGUGGCAGUGAAUGGUUUGCCCAGAAAAGACUCCAACCCACUUUUUAACUUUUCUAUGCACCCGACGGAGUUCAUUAUCACUGUUAUUUCAUGUUCUUUUCUUUAAGAAAAGCGACUGAGCAGAAUUCCUAUGGAUUUCUCAGUUGCUGCUACAUACGGUUGUAUCCUGUGGCAUGUCCAUUUUGACACUUGGUGAGCAAAACCUACCAUUUGCAAUCAUUUUCCAAAUCACCAAGGAGACAUAUUGGUGGAAGCUGCAAACACUUUGCCAGCCACUUAAAAAAAUCUUACUGCAGGCAUAGGAGGAAAUCAGUUUUCCCAAAUCUGUAAAUAGAAACUUUGGUCUUUCCAUUUCUACUGUGUAGACAAAUGAUCAAUCAUUUUACAAGGGAAUCAAUGAAGGAUUUGUUUUUAUCUUCUAAAUCAGAGAGACAAGCAGACAGAGAGGAGGAGGGAGAGAGAGAGAGAGAGAGAGAGAGAGAGAGAGAGAGAGAGAGAGAGAGAGAGAGAGAGAGAUUGCAGUGCAAAAGAACCUGUAAAUACUCUGUCAUUUUAUUUUAUUGUUUCAAUUCAAAACGCAGCCUAGGUAACUCUCAAAGCAAGUAGGUAAUGCAUCAUCAUAUACAACUUAGAUCUGAUACUGUAUCUGGGCUGAUUUUAUGGUAGAAUCUUGAAUUCUAUAUUUGGUAAAUAUUUUAAGGACAACCAGAUACCAGUAUCAGAAGUUUGAGAACUAAGAACAAACCCAGAAAUACCAGUGACAAGAUAUGAAAUAUUUAUUUAAAAUGCAGCUAUAAUUUUACAAACAUAUUAUCUUUGGUGUGCUGAUAUAUUUCUUCUUUGAUUUUGAUGACGACUCACUGAAAUCAGGAAAUUUUUAACAGCUACAGCAAGAAAAGCUAACCUGAGACGUGUGGACUUUAAUUCAAUAAAAUACAACUUUACUGACUUUUACUAAAUGAAGAUAAAUGGUUUUGAAAAAGACCCAGGUUGUUUUUUUUUAAAUGAAUCAUAGAGGAAUUUUAUCUAUAUAGUAUGCACUGUUUCAGUAUUUUAGUAGACUACUAUAGAUGAUAAUACAAGCCAGGGAAAGCCUUGAACUUAUCAUUGAGGAGGACUUGUCAGGCAUUUAGGUAAUAAUUAAAUCAAGACAGAAGAAAGUCUUGUUCAUGAGUAAAGUGACAUCUAAAUAGAUUCAGUUUUUCUAAUAUUGCUUUAUUCUGGAUUUUCUUCAGAACAAGAUUGCCUUUAGUUAGUAAAAGUCAGUCUGGGGAAAGUUAUAUAUGUGUUUUUUGAAGUAUGCCAGUCAGGUCACAAUGGGUGAAAGUAAUGAUUUAGUCAUCACUAAUAGUGUCUUAUGCUGCAAUAGUUGUUUCAAUUGUCAAGGAAAAUAAUUCAAAUGAACAAGAACUGGCUCAUUAGAUGAUCUGAUAGAUAUAUUUGUAAUUUAUCUACAUGGGCAAAGGUGUUACUAAGGUAGUUUUAAUUUUGUGAAUUUCAUAGCAAGUCAUCACUAGAAAGGAUUGCAGAUUGUUCUGAGCUUUCAAUUGCCAAAACUGUACAAAACUUUCUUUUACAGGACUCAAAUUUUAGCUAUUAGGUUCAUAUCUUUGCUGACAGUAUUCAUGUAGUUCUGCAUUCUUCUGAACUGUCGAGUAUUAGCCAUAAAUGAUAGCACAGAACGCUGUUACCAGAGAACAUGUUUAAAAGGUAUUAUCAUUUUCAGCUUUAUUAUUCUUUUAUCAGACUGAGUGUAGUUGAGAUUUCUUUACUGCUAACAUCACUGCGGUGUAAUCCUCAGCCACACCAGUCUGAUAUUUGUCAGUAUUAGUUUUGUAAUGAUAUUUUUGAAACUAGACUUCUUUAAGGCUGAAGUGCUAAUUAAAACUUUCUGUAUUGCUUGUAGAAAGAAAACCUCUCUGGUGCCUAAAAGCCAAUUUGGAGACUUCCUAGUGUUUUAAAAGUUAGAUCUAUCCUUUUCUACAAUUAUUUGCUAAGUCAUGGUGGAAAUUUCUAGAAGUGACUUUGUAUUUUUUUGUUGACAAAUCAUCCAUUCUGGAGUUUAGUUUUUGUUCAAAUGUAACAAACUGUGUAGAGUUUAGUAGUACUCGCAGUGUUAUUCUCACUGCUUAGAUAUUUUAAUGUGAAUCUAUUUUAAUUUCCUUUGUGUUUUAAUUUGCUCACAGAAACAUUAUCUGUAAAACAUAUUCAAGAUGUUUCAUUCACUUAAAAGAACUUAUGUUAUAUCUACUUAAAAAAUCUCUAUUUGGAUUUUAUGAUACUAUUAAAGUUUCAAGUUAACACUGAUUUUCGCUCAUCUUCACUGGAGUACAGAGUAAUUGAAUUUCUCACGAAAUUCUUGGAAAAAUUAAUGAACUACUUUGUAAAAGAAAUGAUGUCUCUAGUCCUCUCUUUAAAGACUUCAAAAACUAAUUAAUAAUCCUCCCCCAUAUUCUUAUCUACAUUCCUGUCCACCCUACCCCUUGUGUCCUUCUAUUCUUCAAUCAACUACUAAGUUAAUUAAAAAAGAUAUGAAUUUGUUUUGGUUUCCAUGCUAAAGCUAUAACAUGCACAGAUUCUUCUACUAUAAGAAAAGGAAAGUUCCUCUCAUAUAGAACAUUUUUCUCCUUCUGCACCUCUUUCAAUGUAUGCAUUUGUGUUAAAUACUAGAAAUAAUAUGAAUAAAAGUAUUUUUUAAAAGAAAACAUGGUCAUAACCUCAUACAAAUAAAAACUUAAACGUGUCAAAGAUUUUGUUUACUUCAAUAACUAAUGAUGGAACCAGUAACACAUCAUAAUUAUAUGAAGGUGAAUUUAAACUACCAUAUAUGCUUGAGAAUGUAAAAAUAAAAGUGAAUAAACAAAAUAUUGUGUUUAAGAAUGCUAAUUAAAAUGUGCUUAUUGAUAAAAGUAAGCAAAACAGUAAAUACAAUUAGACUACAUAUCCAGAAGAGAUAGGUAUUGAAACAAUAUACUAAUAUUUAUAUAGAGUUAAAAAUAACAUAAUGCUUAUAUAAUGGAGAAAUGCUUACAUUUAACAAAAAUACUCCCCAUAGUAUUUUCAACUAUUCAGUGGCAAAAGGUUAAAAUAUGGAGAUCACAUACUGCUCAACCCAGUUUGAAACUAUUAUCUCUGAACUUAACCAUUUGUAAAGCAUAAAUCUCUGAGUAUGAUGCCAAAUAACAAAUGCUAAUACAUACACAAAGUGAAGCUAACAUUGUUACAGCUGAGAUUACAUUAUUACAUUACAUAAUAAACUUAAGUCUACCAACUGUUCCAAGCAUAUGCUAUUCCAGAAGUGCACUGGGACUGUUAUAGUACGAAAUGGAAUUCCUCCAGACAGGUUUUACCAUUUAUAUGGUAUCUGACAAUAUAAUAUGUUUCAGCUUACUUUUUAAUUAUGCACAGUAGUAGGUUUAAUUUUAAAAUAAAAUUUUGAUUAUCCUCCCCCAUAUUCUUAUCUACAUUCUUGCCCACCAUACUCCUUGUGUCCUUCUAUCCUCUCUUCUGCUUUCAUGUCACAAAUGUGCUAUUGUCCCUUCUUUUUUUCCUCUUCUGACCUCCUUGUUAGUUUCUUAGUUAUACCCACACUCACCCCUUUUAUGCACACAUAUGUAGACAUAAAAGCUAAGAUUUGUGCAUAAACCCAAUUAUGUGGUUUUGUCUAUGAGUUUUGGUUGCCCUUUCAGUGUAAUACUUUCUAGGCCCAUCAAUCUCUCUUCAAUUACUUCCAGGUUCGUCAGUCUCCUUUCAUUAUUUUGCUUUUCCUUAUAGUAGAAUAAAAUUCGGUUGUGCAUACGUACUAAAUUUUCUUUAUUCAUUUAUCUAUCGGCAAACAUCUAGGUUGGUUCCAUUUCCUGUCUGUUACAAAUAAUGCAUUAAGAAACAUGGGUUCAUGAGUAUCUCUGUGAAAAGAUGUAGAACUUUUUGGUUAUGCACCAGGAGUGGAAAGCUGGCACACAUGGACAUCCUGUAUUUAAUGUUUUGGGAAUAUUCCAUACUGAUUUUCACAAUGCUACUGUGACAGUGCACUGCCGUGACACCGAGUAAGAGUUCCUUGUAAGCAUGAGAAUCUUUGCACAAUUCUGCUUUGUUUUGAACCUAUGAAAACUACAGUUCAAACGACACAAAUAAAUUUGCAGCAUAGUUUACAGCAGAUACAGCAAUUAAAAAAGUUGUUGAAUUAAA